UCUCGCGAGAACAAGACCCGUAUUUGAGCGCAUGCGCGAACUGAGUUAGUCUCUUUUCCGGUUUUUGCGGCGCGAGGAACUAUGAGCAGCAAAGUCUCCCGCGACACCCUGUACGAAGCGGUGCGGGAGGUCCUGCACGGGAACCAGCGCAAGCGCCGGAAGUUUUUGGAGACGGUGGAGCUGCAGGUCAGCCUGAAGAACUAUGACCCUCAGAAGGACAAACGCUUCUCGGGCACCGUCAGGCUGAAGUCCACGCCCCGCCCCAAGUUCUCCGUGUGCGUGCUGGGGGACCAGCAGCACUGCGACGAGGCCAAGGCCGUGGACAUCCCGCACAUGGACAUCGAGGCGCUGAAGAAGCUCAACAAGAACAAGAAGCUGGUCAAGAAGCUGGCCAAGAAGUACGAUGCCUUUCUGGCUUCAGAGUCUCUGAUCAAGCAGAUCCCACGAAUCCUGGGCCCCGGCCUGAAUAAGGCCGGCAAGUUCCCUUCCUUGUUGACCCACAAUGAGAACAUGGUGGCCAAAGUGGAUGAGGUGAAGUCCACCAUCAAGUUCCAGAUGAAGAAGGUGCUGUGUCUGGCGGUGGCUGUGGGCCACGUGAAGAUGACGAUCCCACGAAUCCUGGGCCCCGGCCUGAAUAAGGCCGGCAAGUUCCCUUCCUUGUUGACCCACAAUGAGAACAUGGUGGCCAAAGUGGAUGAGGUGAAGUCCACCAUCAAGUUCCAGAUGAAGAAGGUGCUGUGUCUGGCGGUGGCUGUGGGCCACGUGAAGAUGACAGAUGAUGAGCUUGUGUACAACAUCCACUUAGCUGUCAAUUUCCUGGUGUCAUUGCUCAAAAAGAACUGGCAGAACGUUCGGGCCUUGUACAUCAAGAGCACCAUGGGCAAGCCCCAGCGCCUGUACUGAGGCCCCACUAAUAAACCAUACUGCCCUGCGA